AUGGCUACUUUCCAUGAUAAAGAUCAUAAUAUAGUUGAAAUUGAAGAAGAUCAUGGUUUUGAAAUUCCUACACAAUUGAGUGAAAGCAAUCAUGAUGAAUUGGUGAAUAAUGGUGAAUUUAAUAUAGGUGAGAUUGAACAAGAUGCCAGUGAGAAUGUGAAGAGUGAUGUGAAUAAUGAGACAAUAGAGUUAUGUAUUGGAAUGGAGUUUCAAUCACUAGAUGAUGCUUUAAUGUGCUAUACUAAUUAUGCAAAACAUGAAGGAUUUGGAAUUCGCAAAAGCCGCAUACUAAAGUCUAGGAAGAAUCAAAUGGUUAUUGGACAAGAGUUUGUUUGUUCAAAGGAAGGUUACCGUGCUAAAAAAUAUUUACAGCGGGACAAUAGGAAAAAGCCUCCACCUGAUGAAACACGCAUGGGAUGCAAAGCUAUGAUUUCUGUAUCUAGAAAAGACGAAGCCAAAUGGGUAAUAUCUAAAUUUACUAGAGAUCAUAAUCAUGUGCUUGCUUCUCCUAGUAGUGCUCGAUUUCAUCGAGUUCAUAGAAAGAGGACAAAAUCUCAAAUGAAUUUGAUUGACGUGCUUGAUGAAUCUGGAAUUCGUCCUAGUAAAAUAAUGUCUGUUUUGGUUACUGAAUCUGGGGGAAUAGAUAGGGUUGGUUGCAUUGAGCGAGAUAUUCAAAAUUAUUUAAGUAACAAAAGACAAAAGCAACUUGAGAAAGGAGAUGCACAAGCAAUGUUGAAUUAUUUCAAGGAGUGUCAAUCUAAAAAUCCUGGAUUUUUUUAUGCAAUACAAAUGGACACAGAAGGUCAAUUAGCCAAUUGUUUUUGGGUUGAUUCUAGGUCUAGAGUGGCUUAUAAAUUUUUUGGAGAUGUUGUGACUUUUGACCCAACUUAUUUGACAAAUAGGUAUAAAAUGCCAUUUGUUCCUUUCACUGGAGUCAAUCACCAUCACCAGUCCAUUUUAUUUGGUUGUGCUCUGUUAUGGGAUGAGACAGUGGAAACAUUUGUUUGGCUAUUGAAUACUUGGUUAGGAGCAAUGGAUGGAUGUCAUCAUAAAACAAUAAUUACAGAUCAAGAUGCAGCUAUAACUACUGCAAUUGCAAGGGUCUUGCCAAAUACUGCACAUCAUUUUUGCAUGUGGCAUAUUGAGAAAAAAUUUCCAGAAAAUCUUAGUCAUGUUUAUCAAAAGUUUGAUGAUUUUAAGUUUCAACUUUCACAUUGUAUCCAUAGGAUAUAUAUGCCUAGUGACUUUGAAGUAGAAUGGGAAAAAAUUCUUGACAAGUAUGGUUUACGAGAAAAUAGUUGGCUUGAGAAGUUGUAUUCCAUUCGUGAAAAAUGGAUUCCUGCUUAUGUACGUACUAGUUUUUGUGCCGGAAUGUCUACUACUCAAAGAAGUGAAAGUAUGAAUAAGUACUUUAAAGAUUAUAUAAAUGCUAAUACACCAAUAAGUAAGUUUGUUGUUCAAUAUGACAAGGCUCUUGAUGCAAGGUACAAUAAAGAAAGGGAGAAAACCUUCAAAACAUUGAAUUCAAAACCUAUCUUAAAGACAUUGUAUCUAAUGGAGGAAGAAGCUUCAAAGGUUUAUACAAGAAAGAUGUUUAGAAUGUUUCAAGACGAAUUGAUUCAUUCUCAGCAAUUUGUUGCAGAAAAGUUUAUUACUAAUGAGCAUGAGUCUGUAUAUAAGGUGCAUGAGUUUGAUAAAGAAAAACCAGAGUACAUAGUGACAUUCAUGAGUUUGUCAACAACUAUAGAGUGCUCAUGUCACAUGUUUGAAUUUUUGGGCAUCCUUUGUAGACACCAAUUGAUGGUUCUUCUCAAGAAAAAUGUAUAUUCUUUACCUAAGCACUACAUUUUACAAAGGUGGACAACAGAUGCUAAAAAAGGAGAAAUUAGAAGCACAUCAAAUGAAGAAGAGAUGUGUGGUUACAAUAUGUGUUCAACAACAUUGUUUAAUAAUAUCAUGGUUCACUCAUUAGAACUUUCGGAAAAGGCUUCAUGUUCAAAAAAACAUUAUGACACCACGAUAGAAAGCUUGCAAUGUUUAUUCAAAAAGUUAGAUGCAUUGAAGAUUGAUGAUGACAUGACUAGUAGCACUGGCCGUUUGACAAGCAUGAUAAGUAAUCAAGAUGAUGAUAAUAAUAAUGUACCAAUGCGCGAUCCUCCUCGUGUGACUACAAAAGGUCGUCCUCGGUCUAUCAGAAUGAAAGGAGCUUUAGAGCUUAAAAGUAAUCGAGUUACAUGUUCAACUUGUAAAAAGAAAGGGCACACCAAACGUACUUGUACACUGAAAAACAAAAAUAUGAUGGACAACAAUUGCCAAUUGAGACAAAUGAAAAGAACUGAUUUUGAUGAGAACAAUGAAGACAUAAAGAUAUGUGGCUCGUUUUAUGUUUCAUCGUCCUAG